AUGGACUGGUUGUCUACUUACCACGCCAGUAUACAAUGUUAUGAGAAGGAGAUAGUUUUUAAACCCAAGAAUGAGACUGAAUUUAAGUUUAGUGGGUUAAGGACGGGUAAACCUGCAUCGCCUCUGAUAUCAGUAGUGCGUGCAAGGAAGUUACUUGCUCAAGGUUGCCAUGGAUUUUUGGCUUCUCUAGUUGAUUUGAAGAAAGAGGAGCAACAGUUGGAGGAUAUCCAUAUCGUUAGGGAUUUUCCAGAUGUGUUCCCUGAUGACCUUGUUGGGUUACCACCCGAUAGGGAAUUGGAGUUUAUCAUUGAUCUAGUACCCGGUACGGCGCCGAUCUCUAAAGCACCAUACCGAAUGGCACCAUUAGAACUGAAAGGGUUGAAAGACCAACUGCAAGAAUUGUUAGAGAAAGGAGAACUGAACAAGGUGACCAUCAAGAACAGAUACCCUUUACCCCGGAUCGAUGAUUUGUUCGAUCAGUUGCAAGCUAGUGGGAUUUCAGUUGAUCCUGCUAAAGUUAAGGCAGUUACAGAUUGGGCUAGACCAACCAUAGUUACUGAGAUCAGAAGCUUUUUGGGUAUGGCUGGUUAUUACAGAAGGUUUAUUGAAGGCUUCUCCAAAAUUGCUAUGCCUUUUACUAGACUUACCAGGAAGGGUGUGAAAUUUGAUUGGUUAGAGGAAUGUGAGAAAAGUUUUCAAGAAUUGAAGCACAGAUUGGUGAUAGCACCAGUGUUGACGAUACCAGUAGGAAUUGGAGGGAUGGUUAUUUAUAGUGAUGCUUCACACAGAGGUUUGGGCUGCGUACUUAUGCAAUAUGCUAAGGUGGUAGCCUACGCUUCAAGAUCACAAGAGUCUAAAGUACUUCUUUACCCAGAAAGAACUGAAUAUGAGACAGAGACGGAGGACAUAAGGAGCCUGGAACUAGAACUUAUUGCCAGUUGCCCCACAUCAUUAUUUGCCAAAUUGACUAUCAAACCAUCAUUGAUUGACCAAAUUAAAUCAGCUCAGACUAUAGACCCUUACAUAAUGAAGGUCAGAGGUGAAAUCCAAGCAGGGAAACAAACACUAUUCCAGUUGACAGAGGACGAGGUUGUGAUGUAUGGCACUCGCUUGUAUGUGCCAAAUGACACUGAGCUGGGAGAUUUAAUUUUGAAGGAGGCUCAUCAUUCUCCUUACACCAUUCAUCUGGGCUGUACCAAGAUGUACCGGGAUCUAAAGGAACAUUACUGGUGGAAUAAUAUGAAGAGAGAAAUUGCUCUGUAUGUAGGAAAAUGUUUGACUUGUCAACAAGUGAAAGCUGAGCAUCAGAGACCAUCAGGAUUAUUGCAUCCAUUGAAAAUUCCGCAAUGGAAAUGGGAACAUAUAAGUAUGGAUUUUGUCAUGACACUACCAAAGACCCCUAAGGGACAUGAUUCAGUUGGGGUAGUGGUAGACCAUCUGACCAAGUCGGCACAUUUCAUUGCUUACUCUAUGAAGCAUUCUCGGGAGAAGUUGAUGCAGUUGUAUAUUGAUAUGGUAGUCAAACUUCUUGGGGUGCCAGUUUCGAUAGUGUCAGACAAAGACCCGAGGUUCACGUCCAGAUUUUGGAAGAGUCUACAUGAAGCCUUGGGGAUAAGACUAAAGUUUAGUACAGCUUAUCACCCACAGACCGAUGGACAGUCAGAGAGAGUGAUACAGAUACUUGAAGACAUGUUGAGAGCAUGUGCUCUAGACUUGAAAGGAAGUUGGGAGAAACACUUACCUCUGGUUGAAUUUGCAUAUAACAAUAGUUUUCAAGCUACCAUUGGUUGGCCCCAUAUGAAGCAUUAUAUGGUAAGAAAUGUCGAUCUCCUCUUCAUUGGAAUGAGGUUGGUGAAUGGAAAGUUAUGGGACCAGAAUUGA